ACAUUGAUAUCUCAUCACACUACUUCCACACUGGUGGUGGGGGAGACCGGAACUAUAGUCCUACUAUGCUGGCGACUACUCAUGUACUGUCAGUGAGAUAUGGAGAUCCAUGACAGUGAGUAACAUGAGCAUAACUUCUCUGUUACAAGUUAUGGUGCAGGGCUAUAUGCUUUAGGUCUGACAGCAGUGUAUCAUCAGGUCCCAGAGCCCAACAAUGGACUGAUAGUCAGUAGUGAACGACAUGAGACUGAGUGUGUCUCUAACUCAGAUACAGCGGAGUGGACGAUACUAAAUCUAAUGAAAUAAUACUAACCCUGGUGAUAGCUAAUAGUACUCUGACUUUAACUAACCCAUUCGGUCGACCUGGAGUUCUCCGUCUUCGAUCAGGUGAUGGAACACACGAAUACACCAAUACGAAAACAUCUUCCAGCCUCAGCCCAAGGAGUAUACACCUUCACUAUUCCUGAUUCCAAUGGAAAGACAUAUCCCUCAAUGUGUGGAUUGUAUCCACCUGGCUUCAAUGUGACUCCCACCAUCACUAAUCUCACCUACUCACGAGGGCAAUGAUAGUCAUACCCUCACAUGUGGUCCACUGGCUCCCCUGCCACCAAUGUCUUCCUGGACAAGGACGAGCACCUCUUACGUCGGAUUACACAAUUUCUCAGACUGUCAUUGACCGCAGUGCCUCCACCUACUCCAAUGUCCUGACGGUCAGUCCUGAAGGGGCUGCUGGUACCUACAACUGCACAGUCUCCAAUGAUCUGGGCUCUAACUCUAGUGUGGUAGUGGCCCUUGGUAUCACCGUAUCAGGUGAGGAUAGUUUCACUGUGGGGCAGUCAGGAACCAUCAGCUGUAGAACCAAUGUUGUAGUAGUAUCUUCUAUCGAAUGGAGGAACCAGUCGACUGUGCUGACCAGUAGCAAUAGUGACAAUCUGUUUGUGUUGGAGUAUACAUUUCCUCUAGUAACAGACGACCUACAUGGACAGCAGUAUACCUGCACUGCUGUGGCUGGUGAUGAUGAUACCUACAGGGAAACUGUUUCAUUGGUAGUGAAAUUGCCUGAAAACCCUAUCACAGUCACGGCAAGUGUGACUGAUGUUGGUUCACCACUAGCUGGAAAGCCUGGUCCCACUUUGACAUGUACAGUCCAGGAGACCACUCGUGGAUUUACUAACACUCCUUCUGCUGUGUGGAUGAACGUCUCUGGUCCUGUGGUCUCAGGAAAUGGUGUCACUGUGACUGAGACUGUGGUGAAUGGUACACUACCACCCACCACCCACUCUCUCCUUCUCCUCUCUGUACCAUCUCAUGCUGGACCCUACACUGUCAGGCAGGCUAAGAUCGCCAGCAGCAGAAAAUGGAAUCAUUUCACGUCCCACAUCCCUAUCCCCGUCAGCGUC